GCCGCCCGGAGGAGCCGCUCCCGCUGUCGUCAUCAGGACAGCGACGAUGCUCCGUCAUCAGGCUGCGUCGGGCUCAGGAUCAGGCCGGACAACUUGCCGGACGACUUCACCUCCUGAAGACUCCGGGCCGACCGGCGGUGGAUGCUGCCUACCCUGCUGAGUUCCUCCAGCAUUUUGGAUGUGUUGCUCUGGAUUUCCAGCAUCUGCAAGAUCUCUUCCACUUAUCGGAUCUUUACAGUUCUCUGCUUCCUCUCCAAUAAUAGUGCAAGAAGACCGCAUGUCCUGGUACGUUCCAAGGUGUUGUAAAGAAAUUUCUUGAGCAUCUGAAAAUAUCUGAAAAAUCUACACUUUGCUCCUCAUGUUAGUAAUAUGUUGCCACAAAGGAAACAGCUGCUUUCAGUGUAUCAAUUCUUCAAAUGCAAAUGUUUAAAUACAGAGUUGAAAGCAAAAAACUUCUCGGGCAUGGCCUUGGCAAAACAUCAGAGGCGCGUCGUCAUCUCUGGGAUUGGUUUGGUGUCUCCUCUUGGAGUGGGCACUCAACUCACAUGGGACCGAAUUUUGAAAGGAGAGAGUGGUGUUAUAUUCUUGGAUGCACCGGAGUACACUGACUUGCCUUGUAAAGUGGCUGCCUGUGUACCCCGGGGUGAUGGAGAGGGGCAGUUCAACAAAGAAAAGGUUGUUUCGAGAUCCGAGGCAAAGUCUAUGUCGGACGCCACAAUCAUGGCAGUAGCUGCAACUGAACUUGCACUCAAAGAUUCCAACUGGAGACCACAAUCUGAAAAAGAACAAGAAGCCACAGGCGUAGCUAUUGGAAUGGGUAUGGUUCCUCUUGAUGAAGUCAGUAACACUGCUGCCCUUUUUGCAACCCAGGGUUAUAAAAAAGUCAAUCCUUUUUUUGUUCCCAAGAUUCUCCCCAACAUGGCAGCUGGACAAAUUAGUAUUAAAUUUGGACUCAAAGGCCCAAACCACUCGGUGUCAACUGCGUGCACGACGGGAGUACAUGCCAUCGGGGAUGCUUCAAGAUUUAUCCUCCACGGAGAUGCAGAGGCGAUGCUGGCAGGCGGCACCGAGGCUUGUAUUAACCCUUUAGCGAUGGCAGGCUUUGCAAAGGCACGUGCCCUCUGCACCUACUAUAACUCCUCCCCUAAACUGGCCUCACGCCCAUUCCAUCCUGACAGGAAAGGGUUUGUCAUGGGAGAAGGGGCAUCGGUGCUUCUGCUCGAGGAGUACAGACAUGCCGUAGCGAGGGGAGCGCGGAUUUACGCCGAAGUACUGGGUUACGGACUCUCAGGAGAUGCCUCCCACAUAACUGCUCCCGGCAUCGGAGGGGAUGGAGCUUUCAGGUGCAUGUCUGCUGCAAUGAAAGAUGCUGGGCUUUUACCACAGGAUGUUACAUACAUCAAUGCGCACGCCACCAGCACACCACUCGGAGAUGCAACUGAGAAUCAAGCCAUCAAGAGAUUGUUUGAAGAACAUGCAUAUUCUCUUGCUGUCUCUUCUACUAAAGGAGCGACCGGCCACCUGUUGGGGGCAGCUGGAGCUAUCGAAACGGCAUUCACAGCAUUGGCCUGCUUUCAUGGACACCUCCCUCCUACCCUGAACCUCGACAGGACGGAUCCUGAAUUUGAUUUGAACUACGUCCCGAUGAAAGCUCAGGAGUGGAAGAUUGCAAAAAGGCGGAUUGCACUGAGUAAUUCAUUUGGAUUCGGAGGCACAAAUGCAACCCUUUGUUUGGGAAGCAUCUAAUUAACAUUUUUAUAAUAAAUAAUUGAAAAGGAUUUGUCCCUGGCUGUGCAUUUCAAGAUUCAACUUUGUUCACUAUGUUGGGAAUUUGAGCAAUUUUCUGUACACAGUCGAAGUUUUGGGCCUAAACACUUCAUUAGGAUGGGCAAGGAAGGGGAAAGAUGCCAGAAUAAGAAGGUGAGGGAGAAAUCAGGACUGGAAAGCUUCUGGCAUCUUUCUCCUUCAUUUCCGGUCUUGAUGAAGGGUCUUGGCCCAAAAUGUUGACUGUUUAUUCCUCUCCAUAGAUACUGCCUGGCCUGCUGAGUCCCUCCAUCAUUUUGUGUGUGUUGCUCUGGGUUUCCAGUAUCUUUAGAAUCUCUCGUGUUUAGGAAUUUGUUGUGGUGUGUUGGUCAGGACAUAGCAUGCAACAAAGAACAGCAACAUUCAGUGGUGACAAAGAAUUAUAUUAAAAAACAAAUCAAGUCAGAGGUUUAAGGAUGGACAUGGAAUAAGAUGUACAUAAAUAAAUACCAGCAUGUAUAUACAAGGAUAAUAACAUUAAAAGAAGUGGUUUAAAAUGUUUACAGUGCAGUGACUGAGGUAAUAGCUAGAGGGGGUGGUGGGGGACUAGCUAGAAUAGUUGAUCAUUUUAACUGCCUUGAGGAAGAAUCUUUUAAGAUGGCAUUGAAGUAUUUGUUCUAAUAGUCCUAUGACAGUUUGUAGAAGGGAGCUUUAAGAACAGGCAGUUUGCAGGAUGGGUAGUAUCGGCAAUGAUUUUUCCUGCCCAUUUCUUUGUCCUGGCAUAUACAAGGCCGCAGUGAUGGUAAAUUGCAGACGGUGAGCUUUUCUGAUGACCUGACAAUUUGCUGUAGUUUUCGUAUGUUGUGAGAGGGUUUAGAGAAACAUUUGGUACAGGAAGAAUUGCAAAUGGCUGACAUGAAAAUUGCUCAAAUGUCACAAUAAAAGAAUAUUGUAAAUGUUCUGAUUAGUGAUGCUUUCCUGUAAAGUUUAUUUUCUCAAUGUUGGCAGCAGAGACAACUGAUAAAUCAACCGAGCUAAACAAGAGGUUUUAGCUUAAUUCAUUAAAAGUAUUUUUAUUAAACACACCAGAUAAAAAUUUUCUUAGAGAAACACACACAAAAUGACAGAGGAAUUCAGCGGGUCAGGCAGCAUCUAUGGAGAGGAAUAAUCAAGCAACAUUUUGGGCCGAGGCCCUUCUUCAGGAUGUCAACUGUUUAUUCCCCUCCACUUAUGCUGCUUGACCUGCUGAAUCCCUCCAGCAUCUAUGGAAGGGAAUAAACAGUCGAAGUUUCAGGCCAUCUCGUGGUGAAUGGUCUCAGACUGUAAAAGCUAGCUGACCUUUUGAGUUCCUUCAUCAUUUUCUGUGUGUUUCUCAAGGUUUCCAACCUCUGCAGAAACUCGUUUAUGAUUUUAUUUGAGAACCUUUGUUAAAAAAUAGCAAUGAAAUUCUGCUUCCCCUAAUAACACAAUAUAGUUUCAAUAAAAAAAACAUAGUGUA